UUGCGAGUUUCGCGGCCACCGUAGUAUCGCCUACACGCUUGGAAGGGGCGAGCAAUAUUCAAAUGGUUGCAAACUGCAAUUUCAUAACUAAAUGCCACUAAAUCCUACACACUUGACGUAAACAUUAUUUGGCAAAUGUAACAUUAUUUCACCAUUUUUUCCAUGGAGCUCAUUAAAUAUUACUGUAUGUAGCAUUACUACUGUUACUUUGAUCUAUCCAGCUGUAUGAUUAAUUAGUGAGGCCUAGUGUUACCUGGACCACCUACUACACAUCAGAAGCUGAACACAUUGAAUAUUUUUCACAAUUAAGGCCAGUCAUUUUGUGCUACUUUUGCAUCACUUUAUUACUAGUGAAUAAUAGCCACUGCUAAAACAUUAUUGCUUUUAACAGUACAAGUUUUCUUAUUUUCUUACCAAAAAGAAGAAAGGAGGAAGAGAUACUCCUUCAUCUGGAGAGUUCACUGUCGUACAGUAAAUUCAGCAGUGAUGGUAGUGGUGAGGAAAGCCUCCAGAAAUGUUGGGAAGUACACGUUAACACACAAAUCCCAGCAAUACAAGAUGACUCAUCCUCGGCCCCGUCCGGCCAGAACCAUCAUGACCCGCAGCCAGUGUACCACCAGCGGCAGCUUCUUUCACAGGCUCCCAUCAGAGGUGUUUCACAUGAUCCUGGAUAAACUGUCUGUGCUGGAGAUCAGUGUGUUCAGCAUGGUGUCCAAGGAAAUCACUAGAUACGUCGUAGACUACAUCUCCACCCUGGCCUGGAAGAAUAAAACAAUCAUUCAAAGGUUUCACCACUCCACCUGCCCUGAACAGAGAUCCACUAUUGGACACUACAGAGACCUGGGUUUAUUGUUCAAGAGAUGUACCCUGUUGCUACCAACAAAGGACAGGUUAAAGUUUAUCUUUAGCAGGUUUUCACAGAUUCCCUGCUUCAUGCUGGAGCGGUGUUUAGCACCAGACUGCAUUGGCUUCACCAGCUAUGGAGUCUUCCUACAGACACUGAUCGCAGGGUGGGAUGAGCAGGAGUGUCACAGAGUGUUCAACUUCCUGUGUGACCUCACAAAUCUGCUGCAAAAAAUUGAGACAGUCAUCACUGGAAAACCAGGGGUGAGGUGGUACCAGGAGCUGCAGCUUCGUCUAUUCUGCCGUCAGGUUCUGUUGGACCCCUGGCCGAACCAGCCGGAGUGUCAGUUCUGGCUAGAGCAACUGCUGAAGCCUUGGCCCAUGGUCAGCCAGGCACACUUACUGUUCAUCUUCUAUGGACCUCUGCUGCCUGAGGGCACCCUCGGUUGGCAGGAUCUGGUGCAGAGGGGGCUGCCUCACAGUGCUCUGUGGGACCUGGCUAGGGCCAUCCUCCUGCUUUUCAGCAAACUAGAAGUCCAAGACAGGACAACCGAUUCGAUGCUGACAAUCUUGGAGGAGCUCAUUGUCAUUCCGCAGCCGUGGCAUGUGGAGAAUGUGGCUCGUCUCUUGGUGCUGUGUGGCAGCAGUCUCUGCUACACUGUUCUAGCCAGCAAGGCCAUCAAUGGACGACUUCUUGAGAUCUCCAGACUCAUCGUGUACAUCAUACUGGUGUGUGAGAAGGACGGCUAUCACAUGUCCUGGGCGGUGAAGUUGGUGCAGCAGAUCUGCAAGGUCUUCAGCACGGCUCCUGAAAAGUUCUGCUUCAUCCAACAACUGGAGAGCAUGUUUUCAGAGGUCACCAGGGAGUUUUUUGAGUUUUCUGUAGCAGAAAACCAUUUUGAAGACAGGGAGACCUUCCAGUCCCUGUGUAUCCUCCUGGACUCCAGUGCUCGCUUCCACACUAAAUUCCUCCACAUGUUCCUCAAAUAGGAAUGACAAGAUGGGGAAGAUAGGAGGAGGAAAGAAACAUACUCCAAUAAUGAAGGGGGUUAAACUAAAGAAGUGAAUGAAAGUGAGAGUGAUGGACCUUUACAACAAUAGUAAGAUCAAAUGGGAGGUGAAGACAGACUUGAACAUGGGAAGUGUUGUCAUGGUAGCCUUGAAAGUUCAGAUAAAUCUGCGGCUAUAAACAACACUGCAUUUGUUGGUUGACAAUUGAGCUGUUUAAUUACUUUGACCAAACAGCAUGGUUAUUUAUACAAAUUUUAUAUUUCUCUCAAAGGUUUAAAAUCUUGUUCUUCUUAAACAUCUUGCAUCUUUUAUAAACUGUAUUUAAUAUUUAUUCAUUAACAGUAACAAUAUAUAUUGACAAUAUUUAUUAUUUAUUCACAUUGAACCUCUGUUAAUAUAGUUAUAAUACAAUGAUUACAUUGUUUUUGUAUGAUUUAUUAAAUUGGUUGUCAUUUGUCUUCA